GUGUUCCUGACGAACUCUGCCAACGUGUUCUUGUUGGAGCCGUGUCAGGAUGUGCCCAAGCUGCUGGAGAACCAGCUGGAGGUGUGCCGAGCUGUGCUCAGCGUCUACCGGCACAUUAUUAUGGAGCAAAACAUGAACCGCCCGACCUGGGAGCAAUUGUUGCAUGUGUUGCUGAGAAUCACAGAAGCAGUGAUGAAGAGACCACAGGAGGACCAAAAAAAAGACACGUUCGCCCACAGCCUGGCCAGCAUCCUCUUCAAAACGAUCUUCGUGGCGUGGGUGCGGGCCAACCUGACCGUGUUUAUCUCUCGUGAGCUGUGGGACGAGCUGCUGGCUGUGCUGUCCUCUCUCAGCCACUGGGAGGAGCUGGUGUUCGAGUGGGCCAGCAUCAUGGACUCUCUCACUGCAGUACUGGCCCGUCACGUCUACGGCCUGGACCUCCACAACCUACCGCUGGACAAGCUCUCAGAGCAGAAGGAAAAGAAGCAGCGGGGCAGGGGAGUGAUGCAGGACUCCCAGAAGGCUACAGAUGCACCGCGGUCGUUCUCCUUGAGCUGGAGGAGCUCUGGAGACCAGGUGGGCUCUCAGGAGCCCAUGAGGUUCCGCAGUGCCACCACAACUGGAGCUCCUGCUGUGGAGAAAGCUCGCAACAACGUCAGGCAGACAGCAUCAG